AUGGAGGAGGUGAUGGAGGAGGAGGUGAUGGAGGAGGUGAUGGAGGAGGAGGUGAUGGAGGAGGAGGUGAUGGAGGAGGUGAUGGAGGAGGAGGUGAUGGAGGAGGUAGCCGUGCGCCGCAUCGCGCCGCUGUUGCCCCCGCUGCGCCCAGCACCAGCUCCAAUGCUGGCUUCGGCACCCGCUCCAGAGCCGGGCCUUCUUCGGAUUUUGCCAUUUCCCGCAAUGUAA